AUGAACCUGCACAGGCUGUGGCAGGUGACGUUCAGGGGCUGGAGGACAGAGGCAGUAGUGCGUUCUAAAGGGACGGAGAAUGAACCUGCACAGGCUGUGGUAGGGGCUGCAGGACAGAGGCAGUGGUGCGUUCUAAAGGGACGGAGAAUGAACCUGCACAGGCUGUGGCAGGUGACGUUCAGGGGCUGGAGGACAGAGGCAGUAGUGCGUUCUAAAGGGACGGAGAAUGAACCUGCACAGGCUGUGGCAGGUGACGUUCAGGGGCUGGAGGACAGAGGCAGUAGUGCGUUCUAA